AUGGCGCUCGAUCAGGCUGCAGCUGCGGCCAUCCGCCUCUUGCUGAUCUUGGGACUGGCUGCCAAGGGCUGGGGUCUACGGGUGUCUGGGGUGCUGGUGCCGCCAGCUGUGGUCUCCGGAUCAUCCGUGAAGCUUACGUGUCACUAUGAAUACAGUACCGACCGACCCGAUCCGCUGUACUCGGUCAAGUGGUACAGGGACGUGAACCAGUUUUAUGAAUACAUCCCCCAGAGGGACCCUCAAGUCCGUGUCUACAAGGUCCCCAACAUACAUGUGGAUGAACAGGGAAGCUCGAGGUCGACGGUGCGACUGACGGGGGUGACGAGAGCCACCUCCGGCACCUUCCGCUGUGAGGUGAUGGGCGACAAACCUUUCUUUGAGACCGAUGAUCAUGCCGUCAACAUGACCGUGGUCGACGUGCCCUCAUGGGGUCCGGAAGUGAAGGGAGGUAUCCAGGGUGUUCCACAGGGCACAGGCGGUGUUGGAAGCACCGGCGUGAUCGACAAGACGCGGGUGAGACCAGGGGACGUGGUGUCUGCGCGCUGUAUGAUCGGUCGUUCAGACCCUCCCGCAGACAUCACCUGGUCCCUCAACUCUGUGAGUCCCCCGCCUCACGCACGGGUUCGGCGUUUUCUCCAGGCAGACAAACACGGCCGAACUGUCCAAGUCUCGGAGCUGGAGGUUGAGGUGCGGGAAGCGUGGCUGCGGCGCGGAGCCUUGACGCUGAGCUGCCGGGUGCAGGUAUCCACCAUCUACGACAAGACAGUCAACAUCACCUUCAUCCAUGCCGACCACCCACAGCCCCAAGGCUUUGGUUGGUUCUCCUCAGGUUCCUCUCCACGGGCCUCCCUGAUGCUGCUGUUGUUACCCAUUACAUUGCUAUCUUCCUGCUGCUGUGAAGCCGUCACACGGAUGCUGUGACGUCCUGACGUCGCUGUUACUCCCCAUUAUAGCGCUCUACGUCUACUGCCCUGACGCCGUCAAGCAAUUGCUGUGGCGCCCUGAUAUUGUUACUACUUGGUGCGCUGCUGUCUUGCUGCUGAGACGCCCUGAUGCUGUACUACCUGUCACCCUGGUCUCCUGGCGCUGCCCGUCACGCUGCUCUCAUCCUGUAGCUGCAUCGUCUUCACGCUACGGUGCUGCUCUGUUCCCAUUGCUGUGAGGCCGCGAUGCUGCCUUUGUGACGCCGUGACGCUGUUCUAGUAAUACCGUAGAGCUGUUCUUUUGACGGUGUGAUACUGUUCCUGUGACAAUGUAAUAUUGGUCCCGUGACGCCUUGGCGUUGUUCCUUUGACACUGUUCUUCUGACGAUGUUCCUUUAGCACCGUAAUGCAGUUCUUGUAACGUUCUAACGAUGUCCUAUGAAGACGUGACGUUGUUCUUACGACGCCUUGAUGCUCUUGUUAUGACACCGUGACGAAUCUCUAACGUCAUGUCACGAUUAUAGUGACACCAAGACAUUGUUCCUGUUUCGUCUCCCUGUUACUGCUGCCCGCGACGAUGUUCUGUGUCUGUGACGCGGUAUAUUUUACGUCACACUAACGCUGCCCCUUUCCCCAUACUGCUACAGCGUGACGCAGUUGUUUUAAAGGCUCGACGGAGAAAACUGGGUAUUUCAAUGUGACAUUAGGAAUAUAAUGGAGUGAGAGUGACGGGGGUUAUGUGACGGUGACAAGAUACAGUGUGACGCGUGACCCAGCCGCCACUGUUGGUGGGACAGAAAAUUCCCAUUUAAGAAUCAGAUUGACCUCAGAGCAAAAGAGAGGUACAAGUUUAACUCGGAAUUUCUGGAUCUUGGCCUAGCUUCGCUAUCCUAACUUUACCGAACUCAUCCUAACUUACCCUAACAACUUAUUGAAACUUAAUAUAACUUAAUCUAACCUAACUGAAAAUAACCAAAUUAUAGCCUAAUCUAACUUUGCCCAACCUAACCUGAUUUAGGUCCAUAUUUUAGGAUUAGUUUUACCUGCCUGUGUUAAAGUGGUAGGGAAAAUGUUCUACCAUACUUAUCUCAACACACUUCUUUUUGUUUAUUCUCUGAUUCUAAUAUGUUCCCCACUUUUACCUAAUCAUGGAAAGCGUAAUCAUCACUUGUCAUUUCUCUCACAUGAUCUACCUCUUUUUAAGUUUCUCCCCACUUCAUUAUACUUUGAAUUUGUGUCUGCGUAAGAACCAGGUACUUCAAAAACUGGAAACUGAUAUUAAUGAAACUUAGCAGGUAAUAUAGGUUCUUGCCAAAAAAUAAAUACGAACUCCAUCUGUGAUGGAAGGUGAUAGCUGGAGUCAGAUGGUCACUGGAACAAAGUGAUCGCUCUAGUAUACAAGGUGGACACUUGAGUGAGGUGGUCGCCUAAGUAAGGUAGUCACUUCAGUAACGCAGACAUUAGAAUAAGCUGUUCAUUGUAAUAAGAUGCUCUCAAGAAUAAGGAGGUUACCGGAAGAAGAUAGUCACUGGAAUGUGGUAAGUGCUGGAGUUAGGUGGCUAGUAUUUGCUAAACAAAAAUACAAAACUGACACCACAAACAACAUCGUAGAUGCCUUCAAAUAUUAAUUUAGAUUAUAUAAUGUAAAGGUCCGUAAAAUAACUUUGAUGCAGCUGAUUUAAGACAUAACAUAUCUGUUAAUAUUGUCUCUCCUUUGUCAAAAGUCUGGAAUUCUAAAUUUGAACCAUGUUUUUGAGCUUUGAUUUUUUUUCUUCUUAAAAUCAAUUAACUUUUUCCUCGGGCAGUACCAAGCCUAAUCUUAACGUUUCCUCGCAAAUUAUCAGCACCAAAAUUACUUUCAUAUUCCAGCACACAGGUUGAAGGAUUCCCAGUCGCCGCCCACUUCGAAAACUUUGUAAACUAAUGUGUCCUUUGUAACUGGACAAUUGUUCGCCUCCUUUUCGAUAUCGUUUCUACACCUUUAGGCGAUACCAGCGACAUAUGAGGUUUCGGGAAAAAUACAGCAAUUAUAUCAAACGCUCAUUCUUCAAAUAAAUCAGUGUAGGUUAAUUAUCAUUAUUGAGUAUUUUAUGAUUAAGAAAUGUUUUACUCAUAAAUAAUAUUGUUAAAAUUCAGCAGCAUGUUUAAAGAUUUGUGAAUGUAAAAAAUAACUUGCAAACUGGAAAAUGGUUCUUUAAUUUAAUAGCCAGUCACUAAAGAGCAAAGUCGGUUAUCAUAACAUACCCCGGUCACCAAAUAUCUUACCCCGUAACCACAUGACCUACCCCUUCACCGCAUAACCAGCAUGCCACCACAUAACCUACCCCGGCACAACAUAACCUACCCUGUCAGCAUAGAACCUAGCACGUAACCACAUAAACCAACACGUCACCACAUAAUCCAGUACGUCACCACAUAGCCUAGCACGACACCACAUAACCUAACGCGUCACCACAUAAUCUAGCACGUCACCACAUAAUCCAGCACGUUACCACAUAAUCUAGCACGUCACCACAUAGCCUAGCACGUCACCCUAUAACUUGCACGUUACCACGUAACCUAGCACGUCACCACAUAACCUAGCACAUCACCACAUAACCUAGCACGUCACCACAUAAUCUAGCACGUCACCACAUAACCUAGCACGUCACCACUUAACCUAGCACGUCACCACAUAAUCUAGCACGUCAUCACAUAACCUAGCACGUCACCACAUAACCUAGUACGUCACUACAUAACUUAGCACGUCACCACAUACUCUAGCACGUCACCACAUAAUCUAGCACGUCACCACAUAGCCUACCCCGUCACCACAUAACCUAGCACGUCACCACAUAAUCUAGCAUGUCACCACAUAGCCUAGCAUGACACCACAUAACCUAGCCCGUUACCACAAAACCAAGUCCAUCAAAAUACAACCUAGCACGUCACUACAUAAUCUACUAUGUUACCAUUUAGCCUAGCACGUCACCAAAUAAUUGACACGUCACCACAUAACCUAGCACGUCACCACAUAACCUAGCACGUCAUCACAUAAUCUAGCACAUAACCUCAUAACUUAACACAUAGCCACAUAACCUAGCAUGUAACCAAAUAACCUAGCACGUCACCACAUAACCUAGUACGUCACCGCAAUGAAGCUUCGCCAUGAACGAUAAAAAUUGGGUUAGGAGGUCGACCAGUUUCUAGUCAGGGAUAGGGCCGAUCACCCCCUAAAUACUCAGAAAGGGUUUUGCAUGCAAUGAUCCAAUUUUUCAACUCUGUGAAACUUGGUAGUGUCAAAAUCGCUGGGUCUGUGAGUCCUUACCGCACUCGGUGGGUGAAUGUGUCGGCCUGUCUGUCAUCUGUUUGACUAUAAACUCCUUCUUUUUGAAGAGUCAAGACCUACUUGCAGAGUAUAAAACUGUAAAGUGACUUUCAAAUUUGGCCUGUAUCUAAAUUGCGAAGUUCUUACCAACCUGUUUGCAAGGGAACUUUAACAAUUUAUUCUUCUUGAUAAAACAAGGACAACUUUUCAAUAUAUAAACUUGUUUAAAAAAAAUGAACAUUAAUUUUCCAAUACUGAUUGUGAUAUGCUUAAUUAUCCCCACUAGGCAACAUAUUUAAACAAAAUAGUAACACUUAUUUUGAGUAUUCUGUUUCAAUUAUAAUUUAUACUGAGAGUAAGAGUACUAAUAAAUUCAUAUGUAUU